CAGUUUUAUGGGUUUCCUGUUUACUGGAGGGCCCUAUAAAUACGGGAGCUUCGUGGAGGGUUUUAUUAUUUGUGCAAGCAUCAAGAAAAAAGCAGAUUUUACACCAGCAAUCAAGAACAUUUCAGAAUGCACAUCAGAAUUCUAGCAGUCGCCCUACUGGCGUUACUUGCCCCUUCCGUCACGCAUGCUAUCAAAUCAUGGAACACAGGAAGAGGGAGACUUUACCGUCUCCAUGUCACGCAAGAUGUGGCCAUAGAAAGUCCCUCAGGCAACCACAAUAACCUGCCUUACCUUCUCGUCGGCAAGCACCCGCAAUACCCCAACAAGCGUUCUCUGUUGCAGUUUGAAAGCCCCCCGAGAUCUGGUUGCCAAAUCCAAUGGGCAAAGAUGUACAUGUACUUUGUAUACGCGCACAAGGCUAGCUGGCAUUCACACCAGCUGACACCCUAUCUCAACCGGGACAUCAUGAUUCACCGAGUGCUGAAGCCAUGGAACGAGCGUCAAGCGAAUAGCGGAUACAGAUUAUCGAGAAUCCGCUGGAGUCAAAUGUACCUUGGUUUAAACAACAUUGAUGCAGAGGCUAGGCCCCAGUCUCCAUCGACCACAAUGUUCUCUUUCCGACCAAGUGGUUUUGUAGAGUUCGACGUCACAAGAGCCGUGAGAGACUGGGCGCGAGGGUCGCCCAAUUACGGCGUGGUUGUCAGAGUCCAAAAUGAGAGUGUCGAGGGUAGAGGGUUGAGGUUUGCGAGUAAUGCUGACCGAGAUAGCAAGCGUCACGCCUACAUUCAUGUGAAGUGUGCUUAGGAUUAGGUAGCCCCGUCACGAAAUGUUAAUUGUUACGCAAGUUGUGUCACGCAAUAUAGCAAUCCGAUCACGUGACGCAUUCGUUUAUGUACUUGAAUACCGCUUAAUAAGAAUAAUUUGUAGAUAAAAGCCUUAAGAAAUAAAAGCGAAUAAACAGCAUUAAAAACA